AUGUCGAUGCGCAAUUCCUCACGAUCGCUUCUCGCACAGGUGACAAGGCCAGCUGCCAAGGGAGCUCCCCUCUUUGCCGCUACUCCAUCAGCAGCUCGCUCCCUCAUUAUCCCUUCGAGACCAGCGCUGAAUCAGCCCCCUCAGGACAAGAAGCAGGGAUUAUUCAACUCGCUGCUUCGAGGUUCCGAAUCAGCACAAGCGGAUGGCCUGACAACGCAGAGUCAUUCUGCCACAGUAGCAAGGGGGAAGUACAUUCACGAGAUUCAAAGACAUGACGUAAAGGCUGACCGCGUGGAGGAAUACAAGCAGGUUCUUGCCGAGUAUUACCCCAAGAUCUUCGGCGAUGAGCAAUACAAGGCUCGCCUGAAGGGAAGUUGGGAGGUCACAGUCGGCGAACUAGAGACAUUCUACCAUAUUUGGGAGUACGAUGGAUACGCUGGAUACGACGCUAGCGAUGCCGCUCUUGCAAACUCUACGUUGCUCAACGAGUUUACAGCGGCCAUCCGUCCCACACUUCGCCAUCGUUCCAAUUGGAUCUGUCAAGAGUUCGCAUUUUGGCCGACUGCCAAGGCCAAGAAUGACGGCGGCAUCUACGAGCUACGCACAUACCACUUGCAACCGGGCAAGCUCCUGGAGUGGGAGCAGCACUGGCGUAAAGGUCUCGAGGCUCGCAGGAGAUACACCGAACCCGUCGGAGCCUGGUUCACCCAGAUUGGUGGACUGCACACCGUCUUCCACGUUUGGCACUACCCAUCUCUGGAGAAGAGGAAGGAGACGCGAGAUGCAGCUUGGCAGGUGGAGACGUGGAACCACACUGUCAGUGAGACGGUCAAGCUGAUUGACAAGAUGCAUGCGCAGAUCAUGAAGCCUUUGCCCUUCAGUCCUCUGCGAUGA